AUGGCAGAAGAACUCAAACCAGUUAAUGCUGACGAUUUGAAACAAUUGAAGGAAAGAAUGAAGUUAAUAGCAGACGCAGAUCCGGCACAAUACCAUAAUGAAUAUUCACUAAAACGAUACUUAAGAGCAUUUAAAACAGUGGAUAAUGCUUUCCAGGCAAUAUUAAAGACAAAUAAAUGGAGAGCGGAAUAUGGUGUGACAGAACUUCAAGAAAAUACUGACAUCAUUGAAAAGUAUAAAAAUAAGGCAAGAGUUUUAAGACACAGGGACAUGAUUGGAAGACCUAUUAUCUACAUACCAGCGAAAAACCAUAGUUCUAGUGACAGGGACAUUGAUGAUCUGACAAAGUUCAUUGUGUACUGUCUGGAAGAUGCAAGUAAAAAAUGCUUUGAAGAAGUUGUAGAUAAUCUAUGUAUAGUAUUUGAUUUGAACAGUUUCACUCUUUCAUGUAUGGAUUAUCAAGUGCUGAAGAAUCUUAUAUGGCUUCUGAGUAGACAUUAUCCCGAGAGACUUGGGGUGUGUCUUAUCAUUAAUGCUCCAACAUUUUUCUCUGGUUGCUGGGCUGUUAUUAAAGGAUGGCUUGAUGAAAAUACAGCUGGAAAAGUGACUUUUGUUAACUCUGAAAUGGAUUUAUGCCAAUAUCUGAUACCAGAUAUCUUACCCACUGAUAUGUAA